AUGUACUACAUUUCACUAACGUUUCCUGUUGCCGAACAGAAUCAGGCUCAUAUCGAAAAGGUUGGGUUGGCCGCGGUGUUUUUUGGCCGUGAAAAAGCUGCACCAGUAUUUGCAUGGGAAUUUCUUCACAAUAUUCACCGACCACAAGCCAUUGUUGGGACUGUUCGCAGAAUACAAAACCCAUUCUCCAUUUUGCUGUUGCCAGGGUUCAAUGCUAGGCUCUCUUCAUACAACUAUAAGUUGAAGUACCGUGUUGGAUCUCUUAAUGGUAACGCGGACUGUCUUAGUCGUUUCCCACUAAGUGCACAAGAACAGGAUUUUUCUCCAUCCACAAAUCGGGUACACCUGAUAAACCUGGUUGACGUUCCUAUGACUGUGGCAACGUCUUUCUCUUAUAUUCAUAAUUACUUCUUUCUUGCUUUGUUUUUUGUUGUUGUGGCCAUUUUUCCUUUCUUCCCUUCUUUCUUUUUAAUAUUCUCUUCUUUUUUACCUGUUCUUUCUUUCUUUCUUUCUUUCUUUCUUUCUUUCUUUCUUUCUUUCUUCUCAGAAUUUCUCUUCUUUUUUCACUCUUUUAUACGUCUUUUUUUAACUUGCUCGUUUCUUUCUUUCUUUUCAAUAUUCUUUUUUGCCCAUGUUCUUUUCUCUAGUUCUUCAUUUCUUUCUUUCUUUUUCGAUUUUAUUCUCUUCGCUUCUGCACUCACAUUUUUACCCCCUUCCUUUAACUUGCUUCUUUCUUUCUUUCUUUGA